AUGUCCCUGAGAACAGAAGCAGCACAGUGCGGGGGUGUCGUUGUGGAGUUUGAGAACGAUGACAUCAGAGAGGCACGGGCUAGGAAGGCCAGGAGCAUACCGGGGUCAGCCCUCAUCUACCUCAAGGGCCCAAAGUUCCUAAUCUAUGUCAGUGGAGCGCUGUCCAUGUGGGGUGACCGCAUGUGGCACUUUGCCAUUUCCGUUUUCCUGAUCGAGCUGUAUGGUCGGAACCUGCUGCUGACCGCUGUGUUCGGCCUGGUGGUGGCAGGGUCGGUGCUGCUCCUUGGCGCACUAAUUGGAGACUGGGUCGAUCGCAACCCCAGGAACAAAGUGGCCCACGCAUCCUUGUUCAUUCAGAACAUUUCUGUGACGGUGUGUAGCAUUGUGCUGAUGCUGGUGUUUUCCUACAAACAGUGGAUUGAGCAAAUUUGGGAUGGCUGGCUAACUGUGGUUUGUUAUACGGUGGUGAUCAUCCUGGCAGAUGUGGCUAACCUCGCAAGCACGGCCCUGACCAUCGCCAUCCAGAGGGACUGGAUUGUUGUCAUCACCGGCUAUAACCGUGGCCAUCUCGCUGGGAUGAAUGCCACAAUGCGGCGGAUUGAUCAGGUGACAAACAUCCUGGCCCCAUUGGCUGUGGGGCAGGUCAUGACCCUGGCCUCCAAUGUGGUUGGCUGUGGUUUCAUCCUGGGGUGGAACCUUGUGUCUCUGAUAGUGGAGUUCAUCUUCCUGUCACGGGUGUACCGCAUUGUCCCUGAGCUGUCAGUCAAACCACAGGUGGAUGAUGAGGAUGACCAGGACAGCAUGGAGAGUCCAGGAGAUGGGAAGAACUCAAGAGGUGAGUGGUGUGACUGUGAGCUGAGGGCGGCUCCUGAGGUCACAGAGAACUCUAACAUCAGCCUGAACCUGAAGGAGAUGAACAGCUUACCUGUGUGCCUGCAGAGGUUCAAGUGGCUGCUGAGCACAUGCAAAGAGGGCUGGAAGGCCUACUACCGCCAGCCUGUCUUCUUGGCUGGGAUGGGCCUGGCCUUCCUCUACACCACUGUGCUGGGAUUUGACUGCAUCACCACUGGCUACGCCUACACUCAGGGCAUCAGCGGCUCCCUGCUUAGCCUGCUGAUGGGUGUGUCUGCCAUCACAGGGCUGAUGGGGACUGUCAUGUUCACCAAGCUGAGGAAGGCGUAUGGCUUGAUCAACACCGGAAUAAUCUCCAGCUGCCUGCACCUGAGCUGCCUCAUGCUGUGCGUGUGCUCUGUAUUCGCCCCCGGGAGUCCCAUGGACCUCAGCCUGCUGAUGCCUCUAACUGAUCCCAACUCCACAGAAACCGGGACUGGGACAGGGGGCGUGGUUGGACAGAGGCAGAAGCACACCAACCUGUAUCAGGGCGGCAACAAUCAGCCGCUCCUACCAGAUCGCUCCUCCAUCCACUGGACCAACAACACGGUGCUGUUUGAGAAUCUUCCUUCUGGCGCCGCUCCGGACUCCUACAUCUCCAUCAUCCUGCUGUUCAUGGGCGUCAUCACUGCACGGGUUGGCUUGUGGUCCUUUGACCUGACAGUGACCCAGCUCCUGCAAGAGAACAUCAGUGAGUCUGAGAGGGGAGUUGUCAACGGCGUCCAGAGCUCCAUGAACUACCUGAUGGACCUGCUGCACUUCAUCAUGGUUAUCUCAGCGCCCCAGCCCCAGCACUUUGGCAUUCUGGUGAUCAUCUCCGUGCUUUUUAUCACCACUGGACACACCAUGUACUUCCUGUAUGCUCGCAAGGCCAAGAGGAAACACCAGCUGGACACGUAA